AAGUCGGCGCGGAGCCGCCUCGGGCCGGGCUGAGAGCUGAGCGCGGCGGAGCCAGGAUGCGGGGCUCCCGGGACCGUGUCGGGCGCGCGGGGCGGCGGGGGGCGGGCGGGAGCUGUCCACGGUGCUGAAGCAGCGGCGGCGACAGCGGCAGGGACGCCGGCCGGGAGCAGGGAGCUCUCCUGGAAGCUUCACCGCGGCCGGCCGCGAGGCAGGGACGCUGUCGCUCGCCGGCCCAUGCCCGGUUCCCGAACCCCGCGAGGAGGCGGGACGGUCCGCAGAGCGACAGGCUCCGUGAAGACUGCGUGGCGGCAGGAGACUCCCCUCCCUGGCCAACUGCCUAUAGAACCAUGGAGAGCCUGAGUGAACUACAGAACCCACUGCUACCAAGAAGCCCCACCCACCUCCACAGGCCCUACCCCUACCCGGAGGCCCCGCCCGGCUGGUCCUGCCAAGAGAAGCUUUAUUCCUACCUUCUAGGAGGUGGUGGUCCCGCCCGUGCCCACCAGCUCCUAGAUCCAGGGUCUCUGCAACUGGCCGUGGAGGCGUGGUAUCGGCCCAGCUGCCUCCUGGGGAGGGACAAGGUCAAAGAACCCAAAGCAGGCAGCUGUGAGACCAGCUUCACCGAAGCCAGGGAACCAUUGGUGGGGCCUGCCGAGCAGGGCUCAGAACCUGGUCAAGCUGAGGAAGAUGUAACCAUCCACACUGUGUCCUAUGGGGUUCAAGAGGAGCUGCAGGGCCAGGAGGACAGCCAGGAGGAGGAGAGCGAUGGGACCUCCACAGAGAGUGAGUGUGAAGAUGCCUUCCUCACCCUGCCCCCCAGGGACCACUUGGGGCUCACCCUUUUCUCCAUGCUCUGCUGCUUCUGGCCUCUGGGCAUUGCUGCCUUCUACUUCUCCCAGGGGACCAGCAAGGCCAUCUCCAAAGGGGACUUCCGCCUGGCCAGCACCACCUCCCGCCGGGCCCUCUUCCUGGCCACACUCUCCAUCGCUGUGGGAGCCGGUCUCUAUGUGGCUGUGGUGGUAGCUCUGGCUGCGUAUAUGUCCCAGAAUGGCCAUGGCUAGUAGUCAGUAGGACUACCAUCCUGGCUCUCCUGGCCUACCAGAGGAAGGUGUAAAACUUGGAACCGUGUAUUCUGUAGAGAGCCUUGGCCCUGAAGAGAACCUGUGGCAAUAGCUUGCUGAGGAGAGGCCUCCCGUUCUGCAGCCCACACAGGGCAAUCUUGCCCUCUUGUCCACUGUUUCCAGUCCCAGAGCAGGCUGGGUGUGGAUGGGGAGCAGAAGCAGCAGGUUGUUCAACGGGCCUAGCCUGGUAUACUAUGCCCAUUCCCUGCAGGACCUCAGCCACACAGGCUGCUCAGUCUCUACUUGCCAUCUUCCCCACAGAGAAAGAGCAGGAGGUUCCAGGAAGGAAAAAGAGUUCCAAAGGGACAAAGGACCUGGCCAGACUUUUCAGUCAAGAGGGUUCUCACCUGUGUACAUUUUCAGCAGCUGCCCCGACCCCUCCUCCCUCCUCAAGGCCCAAGACCCUCCAAUCAGGAAAGGAAAACAUGGACCCCAGCCAUCUCUUGCUCUUUCUGACUCUGGGUACUGCAUGUCUCUGUUACCGUGUCUCCCAGGUAGAGAUGGAUCCAGAGAGCUCUGUAAUGAGGGCAGGUUGCUAGGGCUUUUCUGUACCAGAAAAAAAAAGCAGAUACUGUAACAGAGAGAAUGAGGCCUGGGAUACUGCAGGAUCACAUGACCUCCCCUGCUCUUCACCCACCAUCCUUUCUGGGCUCUGCUGGAAGAGCCCUGAGAGGGUACCCCACCCGUGGAGACUAAGAAGGGUACUGUCAGUUCCCAGUUAUAGCACGUAGCGUCCUGGAUCCAGUCUUAUGGGAAAAGGAUGAGAAGGAACCCUGGGGAACAUGGAACGUGGACAGAGGAAGAACAUAGACAGAUGCCUAAGGGAUUUGCACCUCCAUCACUCUCCAUGCUGGUGGGCAGGGUGUGCAAGAGCCUCCCAUGGAGGUUCCCAGGCUGCUCGGAUUCUGCCUGGAAUAUCCAGUCUGGAGUAAUUUUGCAGCCAUUUCUAGACCUUCCAUCAGCCUGAGCAGGAAGGCCAAGCCUUUCUCUCCACCUGAGAUAUUUCCCCAUCUCUGAAUGAUGGGGCAGUGGUGGUAAUGGUGCCUGGGCACCUUCACUGGUAACAACUACCAUUCAAGACUGCUUUCAAACCCCUCCACCCCCAGGCACUAAGAGAUGUCAGAGUUUCAGGGACACAAAGAGCAGAGAACAUGGUACACUGGGAAGGCAGGUCCGAAGGGACUUAAGCUAUGAACCAUUGUGCACGAUUUGGGGGACCUGGCUAUUUCCAUGCCCCAUCUAGCCCCACACCCUCCCCAUCUUCCUCACUUCAGUUUGCCCACUCUCCACUCCCUGCACUGGCAGUUUUAAUGUCCCCUUACUGUCUUUAUUUAUCCUGACAAUAAACUUUUCUGUAACACCUGGUGCCA